GCUCGGACUUCCGGUUCCAGAGCUGGACCGGGAGGCUGGAGAGCCGGGGCUGGGGCCCGACCCUAAGAGGGUGAGGCUGGCCCGGGGGCAGAGAUGCGAGUGGGUUGAGGGGCAACCCCGAGAAGGAGACGCUAUCUGGGGUGGCCGGAGGGUGAUCUCGGGGCGCCUUAGCUCGGUCGGAGGCCUCUGGAGGGACCGCACGACGGCUCCGAGAGUGACCUGGCCGGAGGGACCGAAGACAAAGAGGCCGGAAUCCCGCACCCGCCGCUCCUAGAGUCGAGUCCCGCUCCCGCUAACCCCGCAGCUCCCGGAACCCCUGGCCAGCAACCGAACUCGUCCUCAGGAGACCCAUUACUACUGCCCCCUCGGACUCCCUCUCUCCACCAACUCAGUGUGACUCCCCACGCCCACCGGCCCUCGCUUCAGGAACCCAAACCAAUCCUCCUAGUGCGCGAGGUUUCCUGAGGAAACUCUUCUUACAGUUGAGAGACUCAUCUGCAGGUGAUUCUCCAAGGACAUGGGAAAAUAGGUGUAAGCCCUCCAACCCUUAAGUGGAGGGAAGCUGCUUUCUGCUGUGAAUGAUGGCCAAACCCAUUCUGAGAGGGAAUGGCACUAACUCUGAGACGUUCCGACAGCGCUUCAGGAGAUUUCACUACCAGGAGGUAGCUGGGCCCCGGGAGGCUUUCAGCCAACUCUGGGAACUUUGCUGUCGUUGGCUAAGGCCGGAGGUGCGCACCAAGGAGCAGAUUGUAGAAUUGUUGGUGCUAGAGCAGUUCCUGACCAUCUUACCUGGGGAGAUCCAGAAUUGGGUACAGGAGCAAUGUCCAGAAAGUGGAGAGGAGGCAGUGGCUCUGGUGGAAGAUUUAGAAAGAGAGCCUGGAAGACCUGGACGUUCGGUCACAGUCUCUGUGAAGGGGCAGGAAGUGCGCUUGGAGAAGAUGACACCCCUGAAAUCAUCACGAGAGUUAUUAAGUGUUCGGCAGGAGUCAGUGGAACCCCAGCCCAGGGGUGUAACCAAGAAAGAGAGGGCAAGGAGCCCAGACCUGGGACCACAGGAGCAGAUGAACCCAAAGGAGAAGCUCAGACCUUUUCAAAGGAGCGGAUUUCCAUUUCCUAAAUCCGGUGUGGUCUCCAGGUUGGAGCAAGGAGAGCCCCCUGAUCUGGGCUCCAAGGAGAAGGAACUCUCAAGAGGCAGUCACACAGGAGAAAGACAAAUGCAUGCUGAUCUGUUAUCACCCAAGAGAGAGAGAAGAAGCUGGGUGGACCAGGAUCACUGGGGCUUUGAGGAUGAGAAGGUAGCAGGCGUGCACUGGGGCUAUGAAGAGACCAGAACCCUCCUUGCAAUUCUCAGUCAGACUGAGUUUUAUGAGGCUCUCCGAAACUGUCAUCGAAACAGCCAAGUGUAUGGGGCUGUGGCUGAGCGGCUCCGGGAGUAUGGCUUCCUUCGGACAUUGGAACAGUGUCGGACCAAGUUCAAAGGUCUCCAAAAGAGCUAUAGGAAAGUCAAGAGUGGUCACCCACCUGAAACCUGCCCCUUCUUUGAAGAGAUGGAGGCCCUGAUGAGUGCCCAAGUCAUUGCAUUGCCCAGUAAUGGCUUGGAAGAGGCAGCCUCUCACUCUGGCCUGGUGGGCAGUGAUGUUGAGACAGAGGAGCCAGGGCAAGAGGGCUGGCAGCAUGAGGAAGCAGAAGAGGCUGUGGCUGAAGAGUCGGACAGUGAUGAAAUGGGCCAGGAGGCCACUCCCCAAGUCCCUGACAACUCUACUGCACCUGUUCUUUUUCGAAGCCCCAGUGGUGUACACUGGGGCUAUGAAGAGACAAAGACUUACCUUGCAAUUCUUAGUGAGACUCAGUUCUACGAAGCCCUCCGGAACUGUCACCGCAACAGCCAGCUGUAUGGAGCAGUGGCUGAGCGGUUAUGGGAAUAUGGAUUCUUAAGGACACCAGAGCAGUGUCGGACCAAGUUUAAAAGCCUACAGACCAGCUAUCGGAAAGUCAAGAAUGGCCAAGCACCAGAGACCUGUCCCUUCUUUGAAGAGAUGGAUGCUUUGGUGAGUGCCAGGGUUGUUGCCCCACCCAGUGACAGCCAGGAAGAAGAGACAGCCUCUUGCCCCACCCAGACCACCAGUGAGACCAAAGCUGAGAAGCAAGCUGAGGCUGCAGAAGAGACCAUAGAAGAAGAUUCUGAGGAUGAUGAAGAGGAUACUGAGGUACCCCUGGGGGUUGUCAUGACCCGUGCUCCAGUCUUAUUCCAGAGCCCCAGUGGUUUUGAGGCUGGAUUUGAUAAUGAAGAGAAUCUAAAACGAGAUAUUUCUGAGGAAGUACAACUACAUAGAACAUUACUUGCAAGGUCUGAAAGGAAACUGUCCCGGCAUCUUACUCAGGGUAAAGGUGGUGAGAGUGAAUGUAGAUCAGGACAACAGUGGGAAACAACCCCAGGGGAGAGAAGAGGAAAACCAACACUCCCAGAGAGGAGUUUAGGUAAAGUUCUAAAUCAUCAGAGACCUUACUUGGGAGAGAGACCCUGUAAAUAUCUCAGAUACAGCAAAAACUUUGUUCCAAAUUCCCACCUCAUGCAUCAGAUAUCUCAUCAAGUGGAAAAUCCAUAUAAAUGUGCUGAUUGUGGAAAAAGCUUCAGUCGGAGUGCACGCCUCAUCAGACACCGCAGAAUCCACACUGGAGAGAAACCUUACAAGUGUCUUGACUGUGGGAAAAGUUUCCGUGACAGUUCAAAUUUCAUCACCCACAGGAGAAUCCACACAGGAGAAAAACCCUAUCAAUGUGGUGAGUGUGGAAAACGCUUCAAUCAGAGCUCAAGCCUUAUAAUUCACCAGAGAACCCACACAGGAGAAAAGCCCUAUCAAUGUGAAGAGUGUGGAAAAAGCUUCAACAAUAGUUCUCAUUUCAGUGCACAUCGGCGGAUACACACAGGAGAGAGACCUCAUGUGUGUCCUGACUGUGGAAAGAGUUUCAGUAAGAGUUCUGACUUACGUGCACACCAUAGGACCCACACAGGAGAGAAACCCUAUGGGUGUCAUGACUGUGGCAAAUGCUUCAGUAAAAGCUCUGCCCUUAAUAAGCACCGAGAGAUCCAUAUGCGAGAAAAACUUCUGUCACAGUCAGCACCUAAGUAAGCCCCUGAGAAUUUAAAGAAAAGAUACAUGCAUUGAAAUUGUUAGGAAAAGUCUUCCAAUAGUAGAUCCAUCUCCUAUCUCUGCCCAACGAGCUUAGGAAACCCUCUAAGAUUUACCCCACUUUGUCCAUGUUUUUCCUGGGUCUAUGAAUUCCCAAGGUAGUUAUCUUAAGAAUGAAAGGAAGAUUUCAGUCUCUCUCCUUGCCUUCACUGGAAAUGAGAAAUAACACCUUUACCUCUCAGUGCCUAUGUUGUUUCCUUAAUAGAGAGGAUGUAGUAGUAGAUCCCAUGUAUUUAUUUAUCCUGAUACUCAGCUGCAUUUCAACUGGAAAAACUUACCAUGACAGCAUUUCAGAGAGAGGUUGUGAGCCUUAUUCUGAGUGGGUCUAGCUUUUUAUAAAAUAAUGGAAAUGCGAAAAAGUGGCUUUUUUUGUUCAUAUAAGUCUGUGCUCAGAAUGACAUCUGUCAUGCCCACUCUUCAUUUACCUUAAAGAAUUUAAUAUCCAUCUUGGUUCUGACCUAUGAAUCAUCUUGUUAAAAGCCUAGGUGUUCUAUAUGGGGAAACAGUAUAAACCUUAUAUAAAUAUUGAGGUGGAACCCUGGAUUUCUUAAUUUCUUCAAAGCUCUGGAAUAGAAUAAUAUAUUUAGAGCAUUCUAGAUAGAUUUUUUUUUUCUUCUAUUCCAUCUGAUACGAAUUUCAUCUGUCCCUGCUGGUCCAGAAGUGCAAAGAGCAAGCCAGCUGGGUAUGUUGAUAUGAAAGAAGGCAUUUAAAGCUUGCCAGUAGGGGGCUGUCUGCAUUUCACACACUCUAAACACCUAGUAUAGUGUUACACAGCACCCCAUGGUCACUGAAUACUCAUGUGCAUUGAGCAGAAACAACUGCCACAUACCCAUGAGUUAGGAAACAGACCACUUUGUGCCAAUAACUCUUUACCCUAAUGGCAAGGAGGACAGAUUAUCUUUGGUCACUGGAGUUGCCAAUACUUGCACACAUGCACAUAUUCAACUGUCUAGAUCUAAUUUUUUAAAAAGAUUUUAUUCAUUUGUCAGAGAGUGAGA